AUGCGUCCAUCGAUCAUCCUGUCCGCGGCAUUGGUUUGCCUUUCAGCUUGUGGCAAUGUCGUCAAAGCAGCUUCGGCGUCCGAGAACCUCAUAGCGUCUCACGAGACCUCGCCUGCAAUGGCCGGCGACGCUGUCGUUGAUACCAACGUGAACACCACGAAACGACGCGAUCAUGUGCGGACACCUGAGACUGGUUCGCCGGCAGAUGCAAUGGACGGCAAAGGCAACGACGAGAUGGCCAGCUAUGACGACCAUCCUGGUAUGACGCGUGUCAGCGGGAACGAUGACAGCUCCGAAAGAUCCCUAGACUUUUUCAGCGAGUCCGGUGGUAAACCGAAUCAUCGCAUGUUUUGGUACGCCGCGGAUUAUGUAACGGGGUGA